AUGACAGCUCCACGAGUUCGACAAGCUCAUCCCGACUGGACAGGAACCCGAGGAACUUCCAUCUUGACGUUGAGUAAGCCGCCUUUUCCCCCGGGAAAUAGCAUUGAGGACAGUCCUGAUCCCUUGCUGCAAUUCCAUAUGUUUUUCUACCGGGAUGCGCAAUUUCACCGUAUCGGAGUAAGCACUUCCACCUUCUUCCCAUUCCUUUCGUAUCUAAGACUCGGUAGUAAACUGCCCCUUCAUGGCCUCAUCCUAUUCAUCCCUCAACUUCGACGGGCCCUCCGCGUCGGCGUUAACCACGCCAAAAACCCUCAAUACACGCCCAACGGCUUCGUCAACAAAUCCCGUCCCGACACAGCCGAUAAUACCGUCAGCCGCGAACCCAAUUUCUAUCACGAGGGGAAAGCGUCUGAUUACCACCAACCACGCGUCCUGUGUCAAAAAGUAAUGACAUCAAAGGCACGCGAGAAUUUGCAUUUGAAUACGGCGAGAGUGUUGAAUUGUACCGGAUUGAUCCGAAGUAUGCGGAACGCGGUGUAUGAUCUUUUGCCGGAGAAGAAGUUUGAUAUGUUGGAGGUGCAGGAAGCUUCUAAGAAUGCGGAGAUGGCUGGGAAGUCACAAAAAUUCCGGCACAGUGCGAAUACGGAUGUUUCGAUGGGUACUGUGCCGUCUGUUCCUAUCUACAAUGUCUGA